GCGCGCCGGAGCGGCGGCGGCCCGCGCCGGCGUCGCCCCACGCCCAGUUCGCCGAGCCCGCGGGGUCGAGCCAGCCGAGCCAGCCGCCGUCGCGGCCGGGCACCGCGGGCAGCCGGCCGGGCACCGCGGGCAGCCGGCCGGGCACGCCCAAGGAGCCCCUGGACCUGAGCGACGCGCCGCUCCCCGCCGGCGCGCGCGUCGAGGCGCGCUACAAGGGCAAGGGCAAGGUCUUCCCCGGCCGCGUCAUCGCGGCGAACGGCGACGGCACCUACAACGUCAUGUACGACGACGGCGACGUCAACGAGCGCCUCCCGCGCGCGAUGGUCCGCCUGCUCGCGGACGGGCCGCCGUCGCCGCGCGCGGAGCCCGAGGUCCAGGUCAUCCACACCGACGAGGUCGCCGUCCCCGACGGUUUCGUGGUCGGCGCGCGCGUGCUCGCCAAGUACCGCGGCAAGGGCCAGACCUUCCCCGGCGCCGUCGCCGCGGUCAACGCGGACGGCACGGUGGACGUCGCCUACGACGACGGCGACGCGGACAACGGGCUCGCGAUCGAGCACGUCGCGCUCGCCGCCGAGGCGCGGGGCGGCCCGCCGCCGCGCGCGCGGCCCCGCGAGGACGACGUCGCGCCCGCGAAGCGGGACCCGCCGAGCCGCCGCCGCGAGGACGACGUCGCGCCCGUGAAGCGGGACCCGCCGAGCCGCCGCCGCGAGGACGACGUCGCGCCCGCGAAGCGGGACCCGUCGCCGCGGGCCGCGGCCGAGCCCGAGACCGCCGCGAAGACGCGCGCCGCGCCGGACGCCGCCGCGCCGGAGACGCCGGGGAAGCCCGAGGCCGCCGCGCCGUCGCACAAGGGGGGCUUCGACGACUGCAUCCUCGUGAUCAAGCCCGCGACGCCGGUCCGGGCGGCGCCGCCGCAGGCGCCCGCGGGGACGCCCGCGACGGUCGUCACCGUGGACCGCGGGUCGACGGAGCGCAAGCGGAGCGCGGCCAAGCCCGCGCCGCCGCGCGAGUUCGCGGUGACGGAGUCGUCGGAGACGGACGCGAGCGCCGUCAUGCGGCCGUCGGGGGCCAAGGGCUGCGGCGGCGCCGCGGGCCUCGCGUACCUCCCCUGCGGCCGCGUCGUCGCCGCCGCGAACCGGUCGCGCGUCGCGCUCUGGCUCGCGCGGUCCGGGCGCCACCUCGGCGACCUCGGCGGCCACAGCGGCCGC